GCCCACCGUCCGUUUUUCCAUCUCGCGAUCCUCGGGGAAAAUUCUCAGUUGGCGAUCUGUGGCUCCGCAUGAGAGUCCACACGCGAUCGGGACGCGUCCUUUGGAUUUUCCCGCUGGAUCUGAGUGAUAUUGUGGGUGUCUCGCGAGGACUUGUGAAGGAGUGCGAAGUGAGUUCUGUGGGUGUGGAAAGGGUGUGCAAAGUGUAGGGAUUCUAGCGAAGCUGGAGGAUAUCAGCAUAGACGACAGAGAUGCCCGUGAAUGGCGCUGCGAGCAAGGGUUCAGGGCCGUCAAGGACGACAUUUAGGCCACCGUGGGUGAAGGACAAGGAUGGCGACAAGGCUCCGUCGCCGUCGAAGCUCAAGUCUGCGGAGAAGAGCGAAAGCCCCAAGAAGACUGUUCCAGAGCCCAAGGAAAAUGGCCAGCCGAAGAUGAGUGUGAAACUGCAGUCGCGCGAGGUGAAAGUGCCCAUCAUGACAGAGACGAAGCGACCUUCUGUGCAGCCGCUGAAGAAGAAGGAACCACCACCGAAGGAGGAGUCAGAAGAGUCUGAGUACACAUCGGAGACAGAGUCCUCGUCGGAGUCAGAGCCGGCGAAACCCCCGCCGAAGGUGGUGAAGAAGGUGGUGGAGACGACGAAGAAGAAAGCCGCUGAGGAGGCAAAACCGACGAAGAAACUGCAGCGAAAUGACUCAGAAACGGAAUCGCGAUCGAGGAACAAGUUCAUGGAGGAGGUGAAGCUGAAGCCGGUGCUGAAGAAAACGCCCAACGUCGAUGAACUGCCCGAGAGGCCAAAGUCCAUGCUCCUGGAGACGCCGGUGCUGAAGAAGGUGGUGAAGCCGGAUCCGGAGGACUUGCCGGAGAAGCCAAAGAAUCAACUGCCUGAGCAGCCGGUGCUGAAGAAGGUGGUGAAGAAGGAGGCGCCAAUUGUGCCAAAGUCCAGCGAAGCUGAGUGGAAUAACUUCCAGCUGAAGGCUCCACCGCCUCCUCCUCCCCCUAUUCCCGGAAUGCCGCCGCCGCCACCCCCGCCGCCCAGCGCCGGUCCGCCGGCGGACUUCGAGAAGAAGCCGCUGAGCAACACGCAGCAGAAGACGCUGGAGCGCCUGCGAACGCGUCCAAGACGCCGUCCGGACUGGUCUGAGAUGAUGGCGGAGGUGGAGCAGGGCAGGAAGCUGCGCCACGUCGAGUGCAACGAUCGCUCGCGGCCAAUCCUCACGUGCAAGUCCAUGACGAAGGUCAAGGGGCAGUUCAUAUUCGAGACGGAGAAGGCGAAUGCGCACAACGCUCUGCUGCAGCAGAUUCAGUCGGGCAUCAAGCUGAAGCCGACGAAGUGCAACGAUCGCAGUCGUCCUGUUCUGCAGGGUCUGCGGAAGUUCAGGCGCCAGAUGACGAUUGAGGAGCAGAUCCAGAAGUCCGAGUCCAGGGCCACACUCAGUGAGCCGCCGCCGGAGGAGGAGGAGGACGAGAUGGAUGACAUUGACAAGCUGCGCGACGAUCUGCAGAGCACGAAGCAGAUGCUGGCGCUGGAGUUGAGGAACAAGGAGGCGCACGAGCGCGAGAACAAGCGCCUGCAGGCGCGGAUACAGAAUCUGGAGGCGGAGCUGGAGCGAGAGCGGUGGUCAGUGACUGGUGAGCCGGUGCAGAGGGUCAACACGCAGCCGGCGGAGGAGUUGGUGCAGUCGCUGAAGACGGAGGCCGAGGACGCCCAGAAGCAGGCGACGAUGCUGGAGAAGAAGUAUCAGGACACGGCGGAACAGUUGGACAAGGCGAAGACGGAAAUUGAGGAGCAAAAGAGGAAAAUUGCCAUUCUGGAGAAGCAAAUAUCACAGGGUUCAAGACCACAAAUUCAGUGGCAUCACUACUCAUACGAGGAGGACGAGGAGGACGAAGAGGAGGAGGAGGACUUCCCCAUCCACAGGCGAAGAUCCUUCAGGCGUCAGGGAACUGGUCCGGGAGGCGGUGGCUCAAGGCGUGAUAGUGAGGCUCCGCAGAAGGACAGCUCGCCGGAACCCGAACCCGAGGUGUCUGAGAGUGACGAUGAGGAGGAUGAGCAGGCCAAGGAGGAGCGCAGGAAGCGACGCCUUCAGCGAGAAGUGAAGAUGCUUCAGACGAAACUAGCACGAAUUAAGGACAAAGAGAAGGUGUCUAAGAAGGAGCGAGAAGGACUCAAAGACACAAUGAAGAAGUCUCAGGCAGCAUUGAAGGAGGAGAAGAAGAAGUACCGCAGUCUCCAGAAGGAGGUGGACAAGAUGGCGAAGCUGAUGAAGGACGUGGAUGUGGAUGAAGAUGAGGAGAAGGACGAAGAUGAGGACGUUGAGGAGGAAGAGACAGAGGAGAGCGAGGAAGAGUCUGAGAGUGAAGAGUCCGGAAGUGAUGAGGAGUCUGAAAGCGAAUCAGAACCUGAGGACGCCGAGGAUGAGAAGAAGAAGGUGAACCUGGAGCCAAGGGUGAAGCGACACGAGGGAAUCUUGGCGGCGCUGAAGAAGGGCAACUAUCUGCACCAGGCCAACGUGGACCGUCUCAAGGAUGAAGUCAUCAAGCAGAGAGAAGCUUCGGAAAUCAUGCAGCGCGACCUCGAUUCCGUUCUGUCUGAGCUGGGCUAAAGGUGGAAGACUGAGGAAGACCACGAGUGCUGCAGAAUGGGAGAAAUGCUCCCGGACAAUGCUUUGGAAUUUCCUUUAUACCGCUUUCGUCAGGCUACAAGCUAUACUUUUUGCAUAAA